UUAAUUUUCAUACUUUCAGAAAAUGAAGUAGAUAAAACAAAGGAAUUAGCCCAAAAUGAAUUUUUUUCGAGUCACUUUUAUACCGGAAGAAAAGGAGAAUGAAUAAAUGUUCAAAAGUCAAAAACCCUUGCAAAUUAUGCUUCCGCAGUGUAACGACCAAAACAGGGGUCCAGUGUAAGGGUGUUUGUAAAAAAUGGGCUCACUACAAGUGUUUAAACUAUACACCUGGAAAAAUUCAAGAUAUCAAAGCAGGUUUGAUAAGAAUCACAUGUCCUUGCCCCGAUUGCAAUUCUUCAGAACCGAAGGAAAUAGUAUUAGAUUCCCCAUAUGCGUGUACAAACUUUCAAUGCCCGGCCAACAAUCUACCGAUAUGUGAGUCAACAGAAUGCCCCAGUAUGUACCAUUUGACAAACCAGAUAAUUCUGCCUCAACCGUCUCCGUCCAAUAUAACAGCUAACAUGCGAUCUAAAUGUUCUGUGAAGCGAUUUGAUCGUUCAUCAACGCCACCCAUACUUAUGAACUGGCCACCGGAAUCUUCGUCAUUUCCAAACUCUUUAAGUACGAGCUGUAGAAAAAAAUGCGAUUCUAGUACGUACAAGUCUUACUUCCCGGCGCCGAAUCGAUGUCAACAAUCGAAUUGCUCUCAUUCGCAUAGUUCGAAAGUGAAAAACAAGAUGUGUUCGCCGAUACGAUCUUUGUCUUGUUCCUUUGUCGACGAAUCAGUUUGUAACGAUUCCGGAACAACGUGGAUACAAAAAGAUACAAAAAGAAGUAUAGCUCGAGAUGCUGAAACUUCUCCUAAAUACAUCUCAUCAUCUGACUCUCAGUUGUCGAAAGCGCGAGACACGCAAAAGUCUCUAUAUUGCACUAUGGAACAGAUGUGUACAACAGUCGGUCAGCUAUCCGGACAACUUAAAGAAUUAAUGUGUCGGAUGAUGGAAGCAUUUGAAAAAACAACUGUUCAUAGUAAAUACGAUACUGCGAUUUGAAAGUGCUUAGCUUUGUAUAAAA